AUGAAUAAAUAUUUUGAGUUUUCUAAAUCUAAGGAUGAAUCAAGAUUAUCUAUUGACUCUUAGGAACUACUAAGAUAAGUGGAAAAUAAAAUACAUUAAGCAUAAUAACCAACUUUUAUCUCACCUUAAAAAUAAUAUUUAAAGUAUGCUGAUCACUUUGAUUAAAAUGAACAAAUCGAUUAUUUAUCAUUUAAAGAAUAAACUAUAAUAAAGAGGUUAUUUAAUUUACGAGAUGAUUAUAAAUUAUUCCUAAAAAAUGUGUAAUCUUACUAAGAUUAAUUAACUUAAUCUAUUAGGGUGGUUAUGAAAAAAGUUAUUGAAAAAGGAAAUCGCCAUUUAUUAGAACAAGAAUAAGAAUUAAGGUUACAAUUAUAAGAAAUUCAAAAAAAUAAAGAGCUUAUCAAUUCAUAUUCUAACUGUCAAUUGAUAUAAUCACCUUUAAAAUAAAAAAAUCAUUAUUUUACAGAAAUUACUAACAAGAUUUCUGAAUUAAAUAAUUAGAUACUUGAAUAUUUUGAUCAUGAUAAUUCAUUUCAAUAAAGUAGAUAUUAGAAAAAAUUAAAUUUUUCAAAUUAUAAUGAAUAGAGUUCAAAAAAGAAGUUCAAGGGAUCCCCAAGUCCCUUCUAAGAAAUUGAUAGAAUAAUAUAAUUGAAAACAUAAUCAUCAAGCAAACCUUAAAUUUAUGGUAAAAAAUCACCUAAAGACUUAAAAUAAUUCAUAGAAGUGCUUAAACUAAAAAUUAAUAAUAAUAAAAAUUAUAAUUUAUUAUAGAGUAUACCAAAUAUCUAAAGCAAUUUUUUAUAAAGCAAAUUAAAUACUAAUUCAAAAAGGCUUUCAAUUGAAGAAUAGCUCUAAUCUUAAUACAAAACAUUUUUUUAAUCUGUAUUUUGA